AUGUCCAAGUACGCCGAAAUGGCCAAGGGCAAAUUGUCCUCGGCCGGCGAAAAGGCCUCGGACUUCAAAGGCAGAGCAAAGGGCAAGGUGACAAAACACAUCCCCGGACGAGGCAACAAGGACGAAUCCGGCCCCUCCCAUGUCGCCCCCCCGUUGAGCUCCCUCCGCGAUCCCAACUCCUUUGCUCCUCCGCCUAAACGCACCGGCUCAGGCCUCGCUCCUCCGCCACCUCCAUCCACAGCCAAACGAUCCGUCAUCAUGGCACCGUCCAAGUAUCAAGAUCCCCACGCUCCAAAGGUUGAGCCGCCGCCGAGAUUUGCCGACGAAUCGCAGCUGCAGGCCUACGAAAGCGAGCACGAAGCCCAGCCAGCAUCGUCGUCCAGGUCCUAUCGGGUGGACACGACGGGAUUGUCUACGCAGCAUCUCCCGCCACCGCCAAUACGGAGAGACAGAGACGCUGCGGGCAGCCGAAGUCCGCCCUCGUACGAUUCCGUUGUCGGCGCAAGUCCCAGCGACGCCAAGGCACCGAGGCUCCCCCCGAGACUGCCUCCGCGAUCUGGUUCCGGAACGCCGGAUCGAACGGCCAGCCCGCUGUCGACGCUCGGCGUCAGCUCCAACAACCUGAACCAGGGCGCCGUCCAGAGGCUCGGCGCUGCCGGCAUUUCCGUGCCCGCCUUUGGCAUCGGGUCGUCGUCCCCCAGCCACGCCGGCGCUGCGGAUGAGGCUGCCCCUCCGAAGCCGCCCCGGCCCAACGCUACGCCGCCGUCCCAGCUCAACGAGCUGCAGAAUCGCUUCGCCAGGCUGGGAACUUCGGCCGCCGUGCCCAGCGAGCCUGCUGCUGCUGCUGCUGCUACCGCCGCCGCCGCCGCUGCCACUCCGCCUGCUACCACAUGGGCGCAGAAGCAAGCUGCCAUCAAGGCAGCAGCUCCACCGUCGCCUUCCGGGUCGCCGGGUCUGGCAGGGAAGAAGAAGCCUCCGCCUCCUCCGCCAAAGAAGAAGCCCACUCUGUCGGGUAGUCCUGCUGCUGCUGCUCCGGGCGAGGGGCCUGCGCCACCACCCAUUCCCCUGUCGACACGUCCGUCGUUUUGA